UAAUGACGGAAUCAUUCAGUGCCGAUUAGUAUUCAUUUUUGAACAGAAAUGAUAUUCAUUACCACAAUAGAAAAAUGGUGAAUAAGAAAAAUAUUUGAGCAUUCAACAAAAAAACUUGACCAAUCAACAAUAUAGAUCAUUUUGCAAAUAUUAUAUUGUUUAUAAGGUGUUUCAAUCAUUUUUUUAUAUUUAAUUUAGCCGUUCAAGUAUACCUCCCAAUUUCAAACGUAAAACCCAAAAGUUGAACAAGAUGGCGCUGUGUGUUCAAGGAUACCGUCUCUAAUUUUUACAUGACUGUAGUACUUGAACUAUUCCUGACUCGAUAUUAAAUAAAUAUUACAAAGUGUUUUAAAAAAUAUAUUACAUCGCAUAGUGACAAAAAAAGUAUAUAAACAAAUUAAAGAAAAAAAAACUAUGAACAAAAUUUAUUAUUUUUAGAGCAAAUAUUAGUGUUUGUCAAAUAAAAAAAAAAAUUACAUGUUCUAACCUCACACUGUAAACAACAGAAUUUGCAAAUAUUUUAAUUUAUGCUGUUGAAGAAUGCCUAAGCCCAGAAUGCCUAAGUCCAGAAUAAAAAUUUCUGAUGAUCAAUCUACAUCUGACUGUAGUAAAAAAAAUAAAAAGUUAUGUCGGAAGAGUAUUAAAAUAAAAAAAUCAAUUAAAAGAAAUGAAAAAUCGUACACCACAGAAGCUUUGGAGCAAGCCAUGACUGCCGCUGGAGGUUCAAUGAGUCUAAAUCAAGCUGCUCGGGAGUUUGGUAUUCCAAAGAGUACUUUAUCUCUCAAGAUGAGAUAUUUCACACCUAUUACGUGUAAGAAAGGUCCUUCAACAGUAUUAAGUACUGAUGAAGAAGUUGAAAUUGUCAACUGGAUAAUGUUCUGUGCUGAAAGAGGUUUUCCGAUCAACAAAACUCAUCUUUUAGACUGCGUGCAAAAUUAUCUGACAGAAAAGAAAAAGGCGAAUCCUUUCAAAAACAAUAGACCAGGAAAACAUUGGUACAAUGCUUUUCUGAAGAGACAACCGGAAUUGACAAAAAGGAUUGCCCGAAAUUCGACAUUAACAAGAGCACCUGUUUCUGAAAAAAAUUUACGUGGCUGGUUUAAUCAAGUACAAGCAACUUUAUUGAAAAACAACUUAUUUUCUAUUGGACCUGAAAGAAUAUUUAAUUCAAAUGAAAGUGCCUUUAUGUUAGCCCCAAAAGAUAAUACAGUGUUAACAAAAAAAGGAACAAAGGCUGUUCAUCAAGUCGUUGGCGCCAGCGACAAAGCUUGUGUCAGAACUUUAAUUACCGCAUCAGCAUCCGGUGAAAUGGCUCCUCCGAUGGUGAUAUUUGACUGUAAAACUACUCCACGGAAAAACGUUUUAAAUAGUAUACCAAAAGGCUGGGCAGUAGGACAUACAGAGAGUGGACAGAUAUCUUCUGAAAGUUUUUAUGAUUUCAUAAAAAAUGUUUUUUUCAAAUGGCUUAAAGAAAAAAAUUGCACAUUUCCUGUGCUCCUUUACGUUGAUAAGCAUUCGUCACAUUGGACCUUACCAGUUAUAAAAUUUUGCAAGGACAAUGAUAUUGAAUUAAUAUCACUUUAUCCCAAUGCAACACAUAUUAUUCAACCUUUGGAUGUUGCGUUAUUUCGACCUUUGGAAGCGGCAUAUGCCAAAGAAGUAAGAAAGUAUCGAAUUGCCAAUAAUAUAGUGGAUUUUAAAAAAUGGAUGUUUGCUCCGGUCCUCAAGCAAGCUUUAAAAGCUAUUGAUUUCAAAACUAUUAUUAAAAACGGAUUUCAUGAUGCCGGGUUAUAUCCCUUCAAUGCAGAUGCAGUUAAUUAUAAUAUUUUAAAUAAGACUGUCAAAAAAAAAAGUAUUCCUGAAUCGAAUGAUGAAAAUUCCAGCACAAAUGAAAAUGCUGAUUCUGAGAAACAACAAAAACAAAAUUUAUUGAAAGUAUUUGAAUCUGAUUUAAUAUCUUCGGACACUUUAAAAUUGUUCAAGAGAAUAGGAGUAAAUGGUUCAUGGGAUGGGGACAUCAAACUACAAGGACUUUUUGAUUCGUGGAAAAAAUUGAAGCAACUGUGUGGUGGUAUAGAUUAGUAACCUGAGUUUGCCGCUUAUGACUUGGAAAUAAAUUUUUUCUUUAUGUUAUCUACUUAUCAAUACUUUGUUAAUUUAGCACGCAUAGGCCGUGAAGAAUGUUUAGAAGAUGUUCACUUCUACUUUUUUGUAGUAAAAAUACAUUAAAAUGUUUUUUAAACUGAAGAAGUCAAGUGUAUUUUUAAUGUUAAUUUUAUAAUAAAAUAAAUACUUAUUUUUUGGAUCUGAAAUCUUUUCUUUUUAUUUUAACACAAAGUGUCUGAAGCUAUACUAAAUAAUUGUUCAAGUACUGGUACAGAGGUGUUCAAGUACUGCAGCUUGUCGCAGUUUAAUGUUCAACUACUGGGGGUUUUAAAGGAUUUUUUUAAAUAACUAAAAAAAUUAAUUUUCUAUAUGUAAUACCGAUUUUUUUUAACCAUAUUUAGAAUUGAACAUAUUUUAUUAAGUCACUCUGAUUUUGUCAGUUAUAAUGAAAUUUACCUGCUAUAAUUAUGGUAAAAUACAAUACACUGUCAAAUCUGUUCAAGUACUGGGUACUUUACCUCAAACAAAUUUAGAAUUUUUAGAUAAGGUCAUUAGCGCAAAAUAAUUAUUUGGAGCUAAUUAACAAUUUAAAUUUAUGUUUCAAUAAGUGAUGUUUAAAGACCUAGUUUCUGACACUCAAAAGUUUCCUGUGCUUUAGUUUUUGACACUGAUAUUCAAAAAUGAUUUAUUAUUUGUUAGGUCACGUGAAAUUAAGUUUAAAUAAACUAAAAUUAUUAAUUGACAAAGACAUUAAAUAUGUAUUACAAAUACAAUUUUUUAAAGACAAACAAUUUAAAUUAUGCUAUAAAAUAUUAAUAUAAAUAUUCACGUAAGCAAUCGAAUUAUCAGCAAUAGUGAAAAUCAUGAUUGAAUUUGAGGUUCAAUAACUAUGACAUACCUAUAACAUUGAGCCUAGUUAUUGACACUCAUAUUUUAAUAAAAUGUUAUUUAAUAUGAUACAUUAAUAUUUCAAACUACAUUACAGUUAAUUAUUAACCUAUCCAUUUAUUUUUUAUUAUAUUUUUAUAGUUACACGGUGAUGAGAUAACAUAUUAAUUUCUAGAUGUACCUGAAGAUCGGAACGUUUUUCACGAAAUGAAAAUGAAAAGUAAAAAAUUCGCUGGACCUAGAUUUUUGAAAUGAUUCGCAUUCGCGCUGGUAUGUCAGCGGAAAAUUUCAGGCCGACCCCAACUACCCCUUAAACAGUCAAAUUACAUAAAUUUUUCAUUUUCGUUGCGCGAAAAACAGUCCGAUUUUCAGGUACACAUUUCUGGAACGCUUUUCUGUAAAUUGCUUACAAUAUAACUAACAAGUGUCCCCUACUCCCAGCUUUAUAAUUUUUUUUUAUUAAGAAUUCCAUUUUUUAAAUUUUGUUAUUGCUAUUAACAGGUACAAGAUGAGCUUUUUGAAAUUAAAAACAAAUUUAUUUAUCUAUUUAAGUCAACUUUUUUUUUUUAAUUUAAAAUAAUGUUGAAAGUGUCAGAAACUGGGCCCUUUAUCUUAAGCAAUCUAUUUAUUAAUCAGUGUUAAAAAAAACAAAUACUAAGUCGUUUGGUUUGGAAUAGUUUCGUCUUAUUGAACUUUUAGUGCGGCUAUCAGCAAGUACAUUCUGUGUAAAAAAAAAUUACAAAAACGGUCGCUGUGUGAAAUUUUUAAU